UGCAGUGAAAAUAUAUUAAAGUAUACGGAGAAUAUGUCAGAAGAUGAACUAAGACAUAUAAGGCAAGAAUAUUUUAUCUCCAACACAGAAGAUGAUCCUAGUGUAUUCCAGCAAAUACGAGAAAACAUCCUUAACUUAGCCAGAAAAAUGAAAACAUGGAAUACAGAUUAUCCUUUAAAAUUCAUUCAGCUGGAAACAAAACUUCAAGAAAAGAAGAAGGAGUUACCUAUUAUUUCCCUUCAGGAAAUUCAGAAUAUCGCUAGUGAUACACCUAAGCCACUAAAUGAUGAAGAACUAAGAUUGUUCCUUGAAUUUCACCAUGAGAUCAGAGCUUUAGUUUAUUUCAAAGAUCUUCCUUCUUAUAUUAUUUUAGAUACACAGUGGUUAUCUGACGCUUUUAGAUAUAUAGUUACUGCAAAGAAAUUUAGAGCCAUAAGUAUCAAAAAUAGAAAAAAAUGGGAUGAAUUGUACAGUAGAGGCACAUUACAUAGUGAGGUUUUAGAAGACAUAUUUAAAAAAAGGGAUAACAUGUUUUCCAUACACAAGGACCAUAUUCUGAAUGUAAUGGAGAGAUUUGAUAUCAUUAUACGUCCAAACACGUCAGAGACUGCUGACGAGAAGCCUUGCUACUAUGUACCUUGCCUGAUUAAAAUAGAAUCACACUGUGACAUUUAUGAAAUAUUUAAUGUGACAGACUGUACCUGUAAAAAAUCAGCUUGGUUAUGUUUCAAAUUUAGAUUCAAGCCACCACAUCUAAUGAACCAUUUGAUUGCUUCACUGAGCCGGAAGUAUGAAAUUGCAGAAGUGGUUGUUCCAAAUCAAAAGAAAAAGUCAGUUGCUCUUUUCGGAGAUAUUGCAGUCUUUGAGUUACAGAAGAAAACACAUUUAAGAAAAUUGCUUGUAAUGACAUCUCCAAAUUUUAUUCAGGUUCAGGUUUUGGAAUUCGGGAAAGAUUCAAUCAUCAAAAGUGGUUUGUUCAAAGACGUUGGGGACUUCGUAACAGAUGAGUUAGAGAAGAUAAUACAUACACGAUUCAAGAUGUCCACUGUAGAAUUCGAGAAAAAAAUUGAAUGUGGACAUACCAAACCUGAAUUGGUGACAGGAUCCAAUGAAUUAAGUGAGGAACAAAUUACAGAAUAUUUUUGCGGGACAUGUAAAACACCCCACACAUUCGAUGGCGAAUGGUCAGAGAUAGAAAGUAAAGCGCAGUCUGAUAAGUAUGAGAAGAAACCGGGACAGAGAGGACUUGUCCUGAUUGUUAACUUCAUGUUCCAUGGUGAGACAACUGAGAGAAAAGGUUCUGAUGUGGAUUGCAAGAAUCUCACAAAUUUCUUUAAAGAAGAACUAAAGUAUCAGGUGAUAUGUACAACAAGAGAUAUGACAAAGUUUGAAAUACAGGAUUAUUUCCAAGAAAUUGCCAGAACAUACUUAACAGAGAAGUCAAAGGAUUAUCAUUCCUUUAUCUGUGUAAUUAUGAGUCAUGGAAAAGUGGAUGGAAUUCUUACAAAAAAUGAAUUAAUAACAGUGGAAGAAAUAAAAAAGCCAUUCAAAAACAAAACCGGAGGCAAAUUUAAUGGUAAACCAAAAGUAUUCCUCAUUCAAGCUUGUCGUGGAACAGAAGAGCAGGAAAAAGUGGUUGUGUCUGAUUGUUUUGAAACUGAAAUCCAUACUGGACAUGUUGAAGGGUAUGAUGAAUUUCCUGGAACAUGUGGAAACAGGCAAAGAAGAAAUUCUGUUGAAAUGUCUGUGUUUCAACCAGGAUUUGUAGGUAAGCCAUCUGGCUUAUCAGAAGUGUUAUCUACUGAUGCUCAUAGUUAUUAUUCUGAACAUGUUCCAACAGAUGCUGACAUUAUUGUAGCAUAUGCAACAACACCAGGAUAUAUAUCAAUUCGAAAUAUACAUGAAGGAGCAUUUUUCAUAAGAGCUUUCUUGUCUGUUGCCAAGAAUAAAUACAAUGAGGAACAUAUCGAGGAGAUAUUAAGAAAUGUGAGAAAUGAAUUAGCUACGAAUCCAGAAUAUGCACCACAAUCUGGAAGCUUGGCAGGAAAAUGUCAGAUGGGAAUGUUGGAGACUACAUCUACGAAGAAAUUUUUCUUGUAAUGACAGUUCAAUAAAACUUAUUUGGGAGGAAAAUUGUUAUCAAACCAUUUAUAUCAUAAAUUAAGUAUAUUUUUCAAAGUUCAAGGAUUCAUGCAACUAAAUCCUCAUUUUUUUAUGAAUAAAUGGAACCUUUUUGUUUAUUCAUCAAACAUUGAAAAUAGCGUCUCAACUUUAUUCUAUGUCAACUAAAAUCAACGCCAGUCUGUUUGAUUAUAAUCUAUGUUGAUCAGCUUGUCAUUUAGAUACCUGGUUAAGUUAGCAUUGUGACAGGGGAGAGAUAUAACUAUAAAGUC